AUGAGCGAGGGAGACUCUGACGAUGACGAUGACGACUGGGCCCCUCCGCUUCCAGAGCGGACGUAUCUGAUGGACACCCUCCCCCACGACUCACGCCUCACCCUCCCUCAUGAUGCGUCCUCCUCCUAUGGCACGUCCAGCUAUGGAGGCCAUAGCACCUCCACACUCCCUCACGACUCACUCACUCUCCCCCAUGACGCCUCCACCUAUGGAGGCCACAACGCCUCCACCUUACCUCAUGACUCCCUCACGCUGACCCAUGACAUGUCCACCCUGCCUCUGAGAGGGGGCACCCUGGAGCACGCUCCUCCCUCCUACAGCGCCUCCUACAGUCUCCAGUCUGCCACUACUACUACUACCGCCUCCACCACCGGCCACCGUGACCCCCAGGCCGAUCACUCGCGGCCCCUCGACCUCUUCAUGAGGAGUCCAGGUCACGCCCCCGGCUCUCCGUACCACCAAUCCUGUUCCACGCUGAUGUCCAAUCCGGAGACGGGUGACCUCACUGUGCCCCGCCUCUCCAGCUACUGGCAUGACAUCAUGCAGAUCGAGGGCUCCUACUCUGGGGACUGUGGGAAAGGUCAGAGCUCAGCGUUCGCCUGUGAUGUCAUCUGUCCGUCCCCAAAGGCCCACGGCAGAAAGAAACACAGCAGAGAUGGACACAGCCGGAGGCAACACAAUAAUUCUGCAGACCUGCCCCCUCCGCCGGCCCCGCCUCCAGGAAGUGAGCGACUGCAGCUAUUGGAGGAGAUGCUGGGAGGACUUUACCAGGGGCAGUACCAGGGGGGCAGCCUGGGGGGCGUCAGGGGGCACUGCAGCGGCAGCCUGGAAGGGGGCAGGGCCAGGAUGACUGGGCAUACGGGCACCGGAGGCUCCACGGGCACGGGACAGAGACGCAAGGACAGACCUGCGCCCUGGAACCCUGAGGAUGAGGAUCUCUUGCUGCAGUGGAAGGUGGCGGGGGCGAACAAGGGCCAGUCAGGGGGGCAAGGAGGAAUUGGAGGAGGAGGA